UCCCCCUCUCCCAUGCUCUAUCAGCCUCCCUCUCCCUCUAGCUCGCCAGCUACAGAGGGCUCCCGCAGCAAUUCCCAGCCAGUAGUGCUGCUUGCCUCUUCUCUUCUCCUCUCCUCCCCCUCCCCGCUUGCCUCCCCCUCCCUCCUUCCCUCCCCGGCUCGGCUUGUGUGCUGCUUACUUUGUACAGUGAAGAAACACUCAGCCCAUGUGCUCUGUACGGAUGUUGGUGAUCCCCUUCUGUGCGCCGUGAUUCUCUGCAAGCAGGCAAGAUGUCCAGCACACCACAUGACCCUUUCUAUUCUUCUCCUUUUGGCCCCUUCUACAGGAGACACACACCGUACAUGGUGCAACCGGAGUACCGAAUCUAUGAGAUGAACAAGAGGCUGCAGUCUCGCACAGAGGAGAGUGACAACCUCUGGUGGGAUGCUUUUGCAACAGAGUUUUUUGAAGAUGAUGCAACUUUAACCCUUUCAUUCUGUUUGGAAGAUGGACCAAAGCGAUACACAAUUGGAAGAACCCUCAUUCCUCGUUAUUUUAGCACUGUCUUUGAAGGAGGUGUGACAGACCUGUAUUACAUCCUCAAGCACUCAAAAGAAUCAUACCACAACUCCUCCAUCACAGUCGACUGUGAUCAAUGCACCAUGGUAACUCAACAUGGAAAACCUAUGUUUACAAAGGUGUGCACAGAAGGACGUCUUAUCUUGGAAUUUACCUUUGAUGACCUUAUGAGAAUAAAAACAUGGCACUUUACCAUUAGACAAUACAGAGAGUUAGUCCCUCGCAGUAUUUUAGCCAUGCAUGCACAAGACCCUCAGGUGCUGGAGCAGCUGUCCAAAAACAUCACUCGUAUGGGUCUGACUAACUUCACCCUCAACUACCUCAGGUUGUGUGUAAUAUUGGAGCCAAUGCAAGAGCUGAUGUCAAGGCAUAAAACGUAUAAUUUAAGUCCUCGAGACUGCCUGAAAACAUGUUUGUUUCAAAAAUGGCAGCGAAUGGUGGCACCUCCAGCAGAGCCUACAAGACAGCCGACAACCAAACGGAGGAAAAGGAAAAAUUCAACUAGCAGCACUUCCAAUAGCAGUGCCGGGAACAAUGCAAACAGCACCAACAGCAAGAAAAAAGCAGCUGCUGCAAACCUGAGUCUUUCAAGUCAGGUACCUGAUGUGAUGGUAGUUGGAGAACCAACCCUAAUGGGUGGAGAAUUUGGUGACGAAGAUGAACGGCUCAUCACCAGGCUAGAGAACACACAGUAUGAUGCAGCAAAUGGCAUGGACGAUGACGAAGACUUCAACAAUUCACCUGCAUUGGGAAACAACAGCCCAUGGAAUAGUAAACCUCCUGCUAACCAAGAGACCAAGACUGAAAACCCAACACCACAAGCUUCCCAAUAAGUUAUCUGAAGCCGUAUCCACUGUUAUUUAUAACAGCAGGUCACAAUUGCUAUCCCACAGCAUUCUUUACAAACAAAAAACAAAAACCAAAACCCUUCCCAAUUUUCCACAGAUAUAGAACCUAUUUCUAGAUGUAUAGCUAUCAUUUUUUAAGUUAGAAAAAAUAAUUUAUAGCUUCCAGAUAAUUAUCUUGGAAGCGCUUGCACAUGACAUGAUACUGACGCUGACCUCAGUGAAAAGAACUGAAUAUGUAAGUAGCACCUCAUGACAAUAGCUAAAUACUAACAUUUCAGUGGAGGAUUUUUCUCUGCUGUGACCCCCUUAUCCUCUAAAGGCCAUAUCUUAUAGACCAUCAGUGCUCAGGAUCUGCUGGCAAUGUUUUUACCAUGAUGAAUGACAUAUAUUGUUUUUCAAUUUGUUUCUGAGGUUUUUUGCUCUAGAGUCCAGUGUUUAAGAUGCAAUCUUAUCACAAUUAGACUGCUGCCUGGAGAAUGCUUGGGAUUGUAGGACUUUUCCCUGUCUAAACAUGCAUAGGAUUAUGCCCUUAAUCUCUCCCCAUGCAAUUGUUUUCCACGGUUAGCUAUUAUAACAAGCAGGAAAGAAGGAGAGAAGUUCAAACUUUCAAACCCUGGUUUAUUCUGAAGAAAUGUUCUAGCCCAGCUUCCCCUUAACGUAGUGUCCUUUAGAUGUGUUGCAGCUUAUUUCCCAUCAUCCUUGACCAGCAUGGUCCUAGUUACAGAUGGUGGGAAUGGUAGUCCAGCAUAUCCAGAGUGUGCCGGCUUGAGGAAGGCUACUGUAGCUCAACAGGUUUGGCAUUAAAAACUUUCCUUAGGGGAGAUUUCAAAGACAUCUCUGUGAACUAUGAUUUGGUAACAGGGAGUAUUAAAGUAUGUUUUAUGAAAUGUAAACUAUAUUACAAAUAGAUUUAUAGAUAUUACACAUCCAAUCACUUGCAUAUUGCUUAUAGCAAACUACUAUUCAUAAAAUUUUAAACACAACCCUUAAAAACCUAGCAAGACCAACAAUUUUGCUGAUUUAUGAUGGGUCAGAAAAGUGGUGUGUGCACAGAGCAGCUGCAGCAUCUCAUGUGGCUUCAUUUAGAAAAAGAAAAAAUUCCUGCUGUUUGACCGGAAGGGAGAAGAAGGGGGUCUGAAUCCAGUGCCUUCUAAAAGAAAACUGGCAAAAAGUCAGAUUUCUUUAACAUGCUCUGGAUUUGUACCUGUGGCUGCUGGAUUGGAAGGGGAGGCCACUGGGAAUCCCACUCUGGAUAAGCUCAUAGCUGGACAGGGCUUGUUCUUUUUUAGGUAUCCCUGUGGAAGGGGCUUUGCCCCAGAUACGCUGUGCAAAAACAUUCCUUCUUAAUACGCUGUUUCCUAGUGCAAGCUGAGGUUCUCUCCUGCCUUGCGACUUCAACUCAUUGGUGCUGCCCUCCUUUUUUCCUCUUUGAGCCAUUUCAAAAGACCACUGCUUUCUGUCUGACAUCUGAGUCCCAUUAAUUGUUUUUCUUUUACUUAUCAAAAGCACUGAAACAACUAAAAUGUCUGUUUCAUCAAAGACAUGACAAAUAUUUUUAUGUGGAGAAAGAUGCCCAAGUCCCUAUGAGAAUUUAUGCUUUGUAAAAUUGCUGUUGAUCUGAAUUUUGAAAGCCAUGUAAUCCAUUAAUUUUGUGAGCAGUUUAAAUACAGACUAAUUUUUUUCUGUUUUUAUUGUAUCUUAAGUUUAUUUUGCUGUUUCUUUUCUCACUAUCAUUCUUGUAUGAUACUUUUGUAAAGCCUCCAAACUAAUUAAUUUUUUGAUUCCAGUAUAUUUAUGUGAAACUUUAUAAAAUAAACUAAUUUUGCAUUUACAUAUUAAUACGUUCAACUCAUGAUGUAAAAAAAUACAGUGAGUCGGUGUGUUAUGAUACAACUGUAUUUUAUGUAUGCUUUGCCAAUACGUGUGCCAAUAAACUGUGUUAACAGAAGUGA